UUAUUCUUGAAAAAGUUGCCUAUUAGUCGAUCAUGGAGCUAUUAUCUACAAGGGGAAAACGUCUUUUAUGUGUAGUAUGCACAUUGAUUGCAGUCGUUACUAUUGGACUUCAAGUUUGUGCAGAAGAUUAUGAUUACAGCUUCUCUAAUGAGUGUUUGAAAAAUCCUCUAAAGCCUCAAUACAAUGGAGGAAUGGUGAUCAACCCAGAGUUUAAUAAUGGACUGCAUGGCUGGUCUGCUUUUGGAAAUAAUCAUGUGAACCUAACCAAGGGAAUUUCUGGGGACAAUAUUCCAAACAACUUCAUCAUUGCUUCUAAUCGAAAGGACCCUUAUGAUAGUUUUUCUCAAAAGUUUUAUUUGAAGAAAAAUAAUCACUAUACAGUUUCAGGUUGGAUACAAUUAAGUGAAGGCCAAAGUGAUGUAUCAAUCGUUUUCAAAACACCAAGUGGCUACAAGCAUAUAGCUUGGGUUAUUGCUCGAUCAGGCUGUUGGUCCAUGUUUAAGGGGGGCAUUGUUGCUUCUGCUUCUGCUACCUUUGAAUUAUAUUUUCAGAGCAACAAUACCCAAACUGAAAUAUGGGCUGAUAGCAUAUCAGUAAAAGAAUUCACCCCAGAGCAGUGGGCAGCUCACCAAGUUAAGAGUAUUGAGAAGAUACGCAAAUCAAAGGUAGCGUUACAAGUGGUGGAUUCGAAAGGGAAACCUUUACCGAAUGCGACGAUCACACUUGUACGAGGGAAGCCAAACUUUCCAUUGGGGUGUGCUAUCAACAAGAACAUCUUGAACAACAAUGCCUAUCAAAACUGGUUUUUCUCGAGGUUCAAGUACACAACAUUUGAGGAUGAAAUGAAGUGGUACACAAACGAGCCUACUCAAGGCCGCGAGGACUAUUCUGCCGCAGAUGCCAUGCUUAAGUUGGUAAAAGGUCGAGGCGUCAACGUUCGAGGCCAUAACGUGUUUUGGGAUGACCCUAGAUAUCAACCUUCUUGGGUCAAUAACCUGGCAACCAAUCAAUUAUGGAAUGCGGCUACUGCAAGGGCGGGUUCGAUCAUUAAGAGAUAUGCAGGGCAGUUAAUCCAUUGGGAUGUUAUGAAUGAAAACCUUCACUUUACAUUCUUUGAGGGCAAGCUUGGUCCAGAGGCUUCUGCUGUUUAUUAUAAAAUGGCCAACUCAUUUGAUUGGAAGGCAACCCCUUUCUUGAACGACUAUAACACCAUUGAACAUAAGGAAGAUCCCUUAUCAACCCCUAGCAAGUACCUUGGCAAGAUAGAACAACUUCGAGCGCAAAAAUAUGGUGGUCCUUUGGGCAUCGGACUCGAGGCUCAUUUCGACGUGCCCGACUUGGCAUACAUUAGGACCGCUAUAGACACACUUGCUAGUUCAAAGUUUCCUAUUUGGAUUACCGAGUUGGAUGUUUCACCACGCCCUGAUCAGGCACAAUUGUUGGGACAAAUUUUGAAUGAGCUUGUUGCUCACCCGGCUGUUCAAGGCAUCAUAGUUUGGUCUGCGUGGAAACCAAAUGGAUGUUACAGAAUGUGUUUAACCGAUAACAACUUUAAAAACUUGCCAACGGGAGAUGCCGUGGACGGGCUCCUGAAAGCUAUGAGCAAUGAAGGUAUGGCAGGCAACACAUCAAGUGAGGGCUACUUUGAAGCUUCACUCUUUCAUGGUGAUUAUGAAGUGAAGGUUGAUCACCCGUCUUUCGAGAAAUCAAUGACUCACACCUUGGGAGUAUCUUCAACCGUUGGCGAUCAGAGAACGCUUCAUUUCAAAGUUCUUCAGCACUAAUAAUUCAUACUUUAUUCAUAGUUUCAUGCCUAGUUUUAGACUUUUUCAAUAACGUUUAGAUUAAAAUUUUAGCAUUAAAUUGUUAGAAUGAUAUAUCACGAUUAAUUUUAUUAGAGUAUUUUAAUGGAAUGAGAGUAUAAUUACCUUUGCAA